CUGUCUGGAUAAAUUUGCGCACAGCUCGGAGCUAAAAUGAAGACGCUUAUCAUUUUGAUGUUGGCCACAGGAGUCUUUGGGGCACCCUUUGCUGGUCAACCAAGCAGCUCACAAAAAACUUGCUCAAAAAAAAAUCUCCGAUUCCCCACCGGGAAGGAGAUGACCUACAACUAUGUAGGAGAAACCGUUAGCAGUGUGAAUGGAUCGUCAACUGCUCAGUCGGCGUUGAAAAUUAAAGCACGCUGYGUGAUCAAGACUAUUGGUGCAUGUCAACAUGUUUUGAAGAUAGACAGUGUCGAGCUCUGGGAAGGCCAGAGUAAGAACCUCCCUAUUCAGUAUAAUCGCUCUGGGGAAACGGCAUCUUUUGCUCGAGAGCUUCAUGCUCAUGACCUCGUCUUCCGAUCCAGGAAUGGCGCUAUUGUGGAGGUGUUGUCUUCUUAUCACGAGAGCCCACAGUCCCUGAACAUCAAGAAGGGUAUCCUCAGCGCCUUGCAAGUACAGUUUAUCAAGGAUCAUUCCUUAAUGAAUGAGACUGAUAUUGCUGGAAAAUGCCCUGUCCAAUACCGCAUCCACUCCAAACAUCUUAAUGGAUACGUAAAAGUUCUUUCGAAGACGCGAAACCUGAAGGAAUGCAGCAAUAGUUCCAAAACUUACUUUGGAAUUCAUAUCCAUCAAUAUAAUGAAAAGUCGUUUAAUAGACUUUACUCGUCAAGCAACUGUCGYUACMUCUUGAACGCCAAGAAGCGUAUCACGAAAGUUGUGUGCCAAGAGAAGCACCUGUUCAGACCCUUCUCCUCAGGAGCUCCAGCUGGUGCAUCUACCACCAUCAAGCAAGUUCUGGAGCUUCAGGGAAUGACAAAAGCACCCAUUGAGUAUGGAUAUGAUACAAAACGUCUUCCUCGAAGUACUCCACUCACUUUCGAGCACGUCAAGCCAAACCCAAAAAGCCUGGAAUCGGGCAAAGUGAUAGAAAUCAUCAAGCAGUUGGCUCGCGAAUCCAUCGAAGAAACAAAACCAGAAUCAGCUCGUCUUUUCUCUCACUUGAUUUUCCAUCUGCGCAAGUUGGACAGAAAAGCUGUGGAGAAAGUCUGGGAUAGCAUCUUCGACUGCGACAAGUUUGAAAAAUGCACUCCUCAAGAGAAAGACAAAUUCCAAAUGUAUCUCCUAGACGCCCUCCCUCAUUGUGGUUCGUCUGGAUGCGCUCUAGUAAUGAGUCGUGCCAUUGAGCGUCAACUUGUCAAUGGUGAACGUGGCAACAUGUUCUUGACAGGACUUGCACUGGUAUCUGUGCCCACAGAGGAAAUGAUCGAACACGUCUUACGGCUCUGCCAGGUCAAAUCAAGUCGAACUUGUAUGCUGACUCUUGGUACAUUGAUCCACAAGCUCUGCGAGGAUGGAAAAUGCAACAGAUUGGAUGUCAAAGCAAUUGUCAAGGCUGAAGAAUGGUUAAUGGGUCUGUUAGGAAAGAAAUGCGAUUUCCAAAAUUCAGAGCAGGCUGAACGUGUCAUCAUGGCCUUAAAAGCAAUUGGCAAUGCCGGUCGCCCUUCGUCUGAGAAUUCACAGUUCAUUCUCAUGAAAUGUGCCAAUAACCAGAGCCUACCAACCAACAUGACUCUCGCAGCGCUGAAGGCMYUUCGCCGAAUGCCAUGCAGCAAAUUAACCACUGAACGACUUUUCAACAUCUACGAAAACCAAGACGUUGAUGUAGAAACCCGAAUCGAAGCAUACCUUKCUCUUCUCAAAUGCCCAAGUGUUGAACUUUUCGCACGUAUUGCAAAGAUCCAAAGGGAUGAAGUUAACAAGCAGGUUGGCUCYUUCGUCUGGUCACACAUCACCAAUGCCAUGGAAUCAACUGAACCUCUCCACGGUCGCCCCUUGGCAGACAUGAUCCGCAAAGCUCUUGGAGGACAAAUUCUUCGUGAAUUCAACCUGAAUCGCUUGAGGUUCUCACGCGCUUGGGAAGCAUCUUAUUAUAACGACAUCCUUCGAGCUGGUGGCUCAUUACAAGGUCACGUGAUCUACCACCCCAACAGCUACUUCCCACGCAGCACCCAUGUCAACCUUACCGUCGACGUCCUUGGAGCUUCUAUCAACGUCUUGGAAGCAGCAGCUAGAUUUGAGGGCUUUGAAACUCUGAUCGAGCAGUUCUUUGGACGUGAUGGUUACUACCCAGAUGACCGUAUCAUGGGCAUGUUCAAUAACUUGAAGCCACACGAUCAGCGCGGAGAGGAAGAGAAGCCUAUUAGAGGAAAACGAAGUGUUGAUGAUCUUUCAAUGAACAAAGURGAGAAACACCUCAAUGAAUUGCAUGCUAAGAUGGACAACCGCAAGCACACCCCAUCUGGUGCCAUUUCAGUCAACCUGUUUGGCAACGAAAUGAGAGUCGCAAGCUUUGAUGACAUCAACUGGCUCCAGUCUGAAGCUGACAACAUCAACAUGGUUGAUUUCCUGAUCAAGCUCGCACGAGGAGGCAACAAGACUUUCACCAAGAGCAUGAUGUUCCUCGAUGCUGAAACAACAAUCCCAACGAUUCUUGGUCUGCCCCUGAAGCUUGAAGCUAAGGGUACCACUGUUGUAUCAGUCUUGAUGAACGGAAAGUUUGACAUYAGAAAUAUGUUCUGGGGACCAAUGGCGUUUGACGUUCGUGGACACAUGAAACCAAGUGCGGUAGUAGAAGUAGCUGGGCGCAUGAGAGUCGAUGCAUCCCUUGCAGAGGCUGGCAUUCUUCUUAACACCUCUAUGUACACCUCAACGGAAAUCAGAGGCAACGCCACUUACAAACAAGGACAAGAGCUCAAGUUUGAACUUGGCGCCCCAUCCAAGCCAGUCCAGAUCUUCAAUGUCUCAUCCAGCUUAUUUGCAACUCUACAUGAGAAGAAAAUCCAGAUUCGUGGAACCCAGAGACGCUUUGAGCCUGCACCAUGCAUGAAUUUCACUCGCGUCCUCGGCUUGGCAUUUUGUAGUCGCAUGUCACUCCCCAUUGGAUUCCGUGACAUCCAAGCUCCAUUUUUCCCUCUGUCUGGACCUGCCUCGUUCAGUAUGUCAGUCAUUCCAACUGAUCUCAAGCUCCGCGUGUACCAAAUCGUUGCACAACGACUCCCUACCGAAGAUGAGAACAACUUUGACAUCAUAGCACGGAUCUCAACUCCAAACGCCACGUGGGAACGCGAGUUUGAAGCCAAUGCCUCUCUGUGGUUGAAAGACCAAAAGAAAUCCUUCAGCAUCUCCACUGGUGCCCUUGGCUACAAGUUUGGUAACCUGUCUGGUAGCUAUCACAACUACACCAACGCUAUCAACCUGACCUUUGAGGCUAAAGAUGUUAUCUAUGGAAACCGCAUUGCCCUGAACGCUCAGUACUUCAACAAGACAAAUCCUCUCACCCGAGAACGACGUAUUGGAACCACUUGGUCUGCCAUGUACAAGAACUACACCAUUACCCAACUUACAGAGAUCUACAACAGGUCCAACACGUAUGGAUUCGUGAGCAACAUGACUUACUGGCCAGGAAAGUACUUCUAUUCCAACGGUGAAGUGGACAUCUCUGCCAAGAGCCUCAAGUUCCUCGGUAACCACACUUGCACAAAGACGUCAGUGCGCUUCAAUGGUCAACUGAACAAACAUGAAAACACCUUUCUCUUCAACAUCUCCAGCGGCUUCAAGAAUAUCAGUGUUGAAGUCGAUGGUGUGAUGAAUAAGGUACAGAAAGAGGCUAUCUUGAGGUCUUAUAUUCUACCAUGCAAACAGUCGUUCACCCUGCGCAGCUCUUAUGUAGCCCAAGAAAAUGAGAAGGGGAUCCACUUCAAAGCAAGUCAUGAUAACAAGAACCGAGUGUUUGCGUGGUACACAGGCUUCUCGAACCAAACCAACGAGAAAUCAAUCAAGACCAAUGCUUCCAUUCURGGAAAACCUUUUGAAACCGUACUGACCUUCUUCAACUACACAAGCGAGAAAGGCAUCAAGUUCAACAGUUCUGCAGUUGGCAAGUCAAUCAACAGCGCCAUCUCCUACCUUGUCAAAGAUGGUCUUAGAAGCAUCAGAAUGAAUGCRUCUGCUUUUAACAAGAAGGCGGAAGCAGUUUGGUCGUACGACAACAGAAAUUCCAACAAGAAAAGCGUGACAUUCAAUGCCAACGUCAUGAAGAAAUCUUUCAAUGCUGAGUGGGCAUUUGUCAACCUUACCAACAUAAAGAGCUUGACGUUCAACGCCUCAGGCCUUAACAAGACCGUUGCAGCUGCGUGGACAUUCCUCAAUCUUACCAACAACAGAAUUGUCAAGUUCAAUGCUUCUGYGCUCAACAAGACAAUGGAAGCCUUUUGGAGCUACUCGACGGCGAAUGCAGAAAGAAGCCUCAAGUUCAACGCUUCAGCCCUCAAUAAAACCAUCCAGUCAGCACUUACAUUCUUGAAUCUUCCUCAAGAAAAGAGCAUCAAGCUUAACGCUACUGUUCUCAACAAGACAAUGGAAUUCGUCUCUACCUUCUUCAAUCARCCAACAAUGAAAGCCUUGCAAUUUAAUGCUAAAGGAUUUAACAAAUCCGCAUCCACCUUCCUCAUGUACUCGUAUUUUGAUAACAUCAAGGCCCUGAAGAUGAACACAACUAUUCAAAACAAGACAGUAGAGGCAGGGUGGAUCUUCUUGAACACCCAACGAGAGAAAGUGCUCAACUUUGCUGCCACCGUCUUGAACAAGAAAGCUGAAGCCAACUGGACGUACUUCAACCACGACUCUGAGAAAGGACUCCGCUUCAAUGCCCAGGCAAUGAACAAGAACAUUGAAGGUGUAUGGACCUACUUCAACACUCCUUCGGAAAAGGGACUGAAAUUCAACACAACGGUUUUGAAUAGAACAGCCCUUGCCACCUUGGCUUACUUCAAGCUUGCCGAUAGCAUCGGAGUGCGAUUCAAUGCUAGCGCUUUGAACAGAUCCAUUGGAUUGAUKUCACAGAUGAUCAAAGAAGGUGAUGACAAGAAGAUAAUGAUGAGCGGAAGCUACCAAAACUAUAGUAUGGCUCUGGUUGCUGCACUUAAGAACUUGACUACAUUCAAGAGCGUCUGUGUUCACUCUGAGUUCUCAAGCCGCCCAUACGGACAAAUCUGCAUGGCUUUCUCCAACAGUUCCAUGGACAAGAGYAUUGCCUUCAAUGUCAGCAUGCUGAACAGAACAGCCGAAGUCAAGGCCCAAAGAAUUGAACAACCACACUUGCGUUCCCUUCGUCUGACUGCCAAGUACAACAAGACCAUCUACCUUGAAUCCUGGAUGAGCCGUCUKUAUACUGACACCUUGAAAACCUUAGGAUUGAACAUGACCAUUGCAAACAAAUCUGUUGAUGCCAAAUGGUACAUGGAAAGUAGUCCAGAAAAGUCUGAGAGAGCUGUAGGAUUCAAUCUCACAGUUUUAAAGAGAACCAUGGGGCUGAAAUCAGUAUUCAUCAACCAACAGAAAUUCAAAGAAGCUUCAAUGCAUCUGAUGUGGAACAAAACUUAUGUUGCUAGUUCUUUACUGGUCUUCCACAACCUGACCAAUCAGAAGAUACUCAAGCUCCGCAAUCGCAUUGGACGUUAUGUUGGCGUCGUUCAAGGAGAGUACAGACUGCGUGACGGUGCUAGGGAAUUCGAAAUGCUGUACAAGAUUCGUAAUGAAUCAAAGAACAUGUUCUAUGCCAGCUCCCUGCUAACUUACAAGAGCCAGAGCUCGAAGAGGAGAGAACUAAACUUUGUCCAAUCCUUUACAGUUUUCAGUCGCAGCUUCGAAUAUGGUUGGGAUCUGUUACACGUAAAUGAUUCUUACGAGUCCAGAAUGGAUCACCAGUUAAAAAUAGCUUUGAUGUACUCUAAAGGAAAGAAARUUUCGAUGACUGGCAAGAUCAGCAAUGACGAAAAAACACUAUCUACUGGCUUAGACGUAGAAUAUCUUCCAAGGAAAACUGUCCAACACAGUAUUGUGUGGUACAAAGAACGCAAGAUGAUCCAAAYAACAGUAGAACUUUUACCAAAAAUACCAAUCACCAACACUCUUGAAUGGAAUACAGAUGAAGGUCUCUACGUACGUAUGAGCACCAGCGCUUUCAACAGAAACAUUGAAAGCUACUUCCGUUACCUCAAAAACUACGAGUCCUACGAUGGAAUGAUUACAAAGUCAAUUACUUUCAAUGGGCAGUUCUCCAGAAAGAACGGUCUUCUCAUCACUUCAAAGAUCAAGGCUUUUGAAAAGGAAUGGUCGCACAAACUCGAAAUCAACAAGGAACAGAGAAAGUUCUACAUUUCUAUGGAAUUGAUUCCCAAGAAACCAAUGUCCUUUGAAGCAAGCUGGGACCUCGUCAAAGGGCUGAAGAUCAACACUAAAUUAUCUGCUCUUAAGAAGUCUCUCAAAUGGAAUGCACUCUAUGAAAACCUAACCAAGUCAUGGACUUCGGAGUUGACCAUCUUGAAAGAAAAAGUCUUGUUCYUGGAAAGCUACGACGUCAACACCAAAACACUCAACGUCAGUGUCAAAAUCAGAAACAGACGAAUUGGAUUUGUUGGACGAUUCGACAUCAAGGCUUACGUUGUAAGUGCUCACUUGACCUGCAAUCAAUGGAUGACUGGUUGGUUCCUCAAGCUUGACCCAAAGAACAGAAACAUUAUCUACAACGCAACUUUAACAUCCAAAAUUUCUGGACAGAUGGUUGCUGAAAUGCCAAACAACCACGAACUUCAGAUCACCCUGCAAAGAAAGCUCGGAGUUAACAUCGUGAAUGAGUCAAGAAUCAUGUACAGACUCAGUCCAGAGGCAAGCCGUGUGUUCCUCACAUGGAAUACAACAACCGUCAACUAUGUUGUUAGCAAAGUUCAGUCUUUGAAGCCUUUGGUGGUCAAUGCUACAAUGAAGCUUUACAACUUGACUUUGAUUGGAGCCAAAAACCUGACCAAGAAAAUCGACAUUCUGAUGAACGACGCAAAGAACAAGCUGAAGCCCCAAGUUAUGAAAUUCUACAAUGCUGUCAAGAGCUACGACUACAACGGAGCAUACAAAAACUUCAGCUAUAUUGCUAAAAAUAUCAGCAUCAAGGCAUUAAACUUCAGCUCACAAGCCUACAACAUCAGCUUUGAGACUCUGGCAAAAAGUGUGAAAGAUCUCCCCAAGAUUGUCCGCAAUGCAACUGAAUUGUUCAAGAAAGUCCAAGCAAAAGUUAUGGAGAUUCGCGCCGAGAUGAUGGCCAAAGUUCCAAAGAUCACUGCYCAGAUUGUCGAACAUCUUACCAACAUUAGCCGCGACCUUAAAUCCUGGGGCAACAACGUUUCAGUAAUGGUUGGCGAUAUCAAGAUCCGCAAUGUUAAAAUCAACACCAUGGUUAAGCGCGUUGUGAAGACUGUUAUGGAACUCCAGAAAGAAUUGAAGAAAAACAUCACUCUCCAACUGAAGAAGCUGAUUGAAAAAGUUCGCCGCUUGGAAAUCCGUCAGAAAAAUAUUGGGGAAUUGGUUGACAAGUACGUGACGARAGUCCGCGAAUUCACUUGUGACUUCAAACUCAAGUGCACCUGGAACAACAUCUCAAGAAUUGCUCUGAACAUCUCUCGUCAAGUUAUGAAGAUCAAGAUCCUUGACAAGACCGUUGGAAAGCACCUUAUCUCUUUGAUAGAAAAAGCCAACAAUGUGAGAAUUCAAAUAAAAAUCAUGUCUGUCAAACUCGUCAAGAUGACACCAAAGAUGUUGAGAAAUGCAACUAUCCAAGCCAUUCAUCUGGUGCGUAAUGUUUCCAAUGACGUUCAAAAAUUCACAGAAAUCAUGACAACCAAGGUAAGCCAAGGAUUCUUGAAGGCUUCCACAAAGGUCCAAAAGUACACCAAGCCUCUGACGUCUCUCGUCGUGAAGAUCUCCAUCUCCAUCUACAACCGUGCYAAACCACAGAUCUUGACAUACUUUGAAAACACCAAACCCAUGGUAGCCUUUGUAAAGGGGGUUUAUGAAGAUGUUAUGAUUUUCAACAAGCCUAUGCUCAAGCCAUUGGUACCAUUUGCAAAUGAACUGAUGAAUCAGAUUUUGAAUAUCACAAUCAAGAAGAUCCCCAUUGGUUUUGCCCUCSACAAGAGUGUUAAGAUCACAGUUGAUGAAGCAGUUAGAAUGUUCAAGGAACUAAACCACACCAUUACAAGCAACGUCACCACCAUUGUGAAGUUCUUGAAAGAUUUAUCCAAGAAGACGCCAGAAGAGAUGAUCGACAUCACCAUCGUCAAGGUYCUCAAGCUCGUAAACCACACCAAGCAUCUUGUCAACAAAUCCAUUGAAUACACUUUCAAUUCCUCAAAGAAAGCCCUUACCACUUACAAGGAAUCCAUGAUUGCCUUGGAAAAGAACAUCAAGAAGGUCUUGAMCUCUCGACCAGAAGAUUUAGUUGAGCUUUCUAUCCAGAAAAUCCAAGUCUAUAUCCAGAACGUCACAGCUUUYGUGAAAAACAUGUCCAAAGAAGUUAAAGGUAUCGCUAAGCAAAUCCAGGAUUUGGACUUCACCACCCCAUCCAAGAAAGUAUGGGAGRAGAUUGAUCUCGUCAACAGGUUCAGUUCUCUCGCCCUCGGUGACAAGUGGAACAAGACUGUUGAGAAAUACAUGCAACACUUCAAAUCCCUUAACUUGAAAGAACGUGCACUAGCAGUCAAAGAACGCGCCAACAACCAUGGCCUCCGUAUCCUCCGAGAACUGAAGGAGAUUGCUAAGCUUGGAGAGAGAGCUUUCGACCUUACAAUGAAACUCGUUCGCAUGGAAGUCACUCGUGAGGACUUUGUGAAAGAACUCAUCUCAAUCAUCGAGGGAUCCAAAACAGUUGCUAUGAAACACUUCCAUAUUGCCAAGAACACCUCUUUUGUAAUGUACAACUUGCACAACAAAUACUGGAAUACUGCUGUUUUGAGUGCAAACGCAUACAAAACACUGAGCCUGAACAAGAUCCAAAAGGGGUAUGAAAACGCAAUCAAAUAUCUGGCUGAGUUCUACAAGGAACAUGAGAAAGACUCUAAAGAAACCUACGAGUUUUACAAGUCUGUUGCCCUUGAUGUAUACGAAAUUGUCCUGAGUGAAACAACUGAUUUGAAGAAGAAGAUGGACAAAAAAAUGGUAGAGAUGAAGGAAAAACUGAUGGUUAAACUAGAAUCCAUCAUCAAGAAGCUGAGAAAGUAUGAAAAUAUGACCUUCGAAGAGAUGGGAGUCCAGGCAUACCAAAUAUCCAAGACCUACGGAGUUGCUUUGUACAAGAACUACAGCAUCAAGGUAUUGAACCUUUAUAAYAAGACCAGAAACAUUACCCUGAGAGCUUACAAUCUGACCAAGGUUAUGGCUGUAAAGUACUACAACCUUAGUCGUGUCCACGCCCUUAGAAUCUUCAACAUCACCAAGAACCUGACUGUGACAUACUACRAAAUCUCUCGCAACAUGACCRUCAAGGCUUUCCAUAUGUCACGCAACAUGACCAUGCAGCUCUUCAACAAGACCCGCAACAUCACCAUCCGUGGAUUAAACUACCUGAACACGACUGUGAGGCCUAAAUUGAUUGUGUACUUUGGAAAAGGCAAAGUGAUUGUCAUCAAAGUUUACAAUAGAAGCCAGGAAAUGACCAGGAAGGCUAUCAGCGACCUGAAACAAUGGUAUGCUGACAACAAGGAAAGGACAGUCGAGGAACUCUACAACGAAGCUUAUGGUGCUGUCAACCAGAAAGUUAGUGCUGYAGUGGAGAAAGUGAAGGCUAAAGCACAAGCMCAAUUGGCCAUUGCCAACAAGACUCUCAGAAACAUUACUCUUGAAGUCAUGUCAGUCUACAACCAGACCAAGAAUGUUUCCAUGAUCGCUGGCAAACAACUGAUUGUAAUUUUCUCGCCAUAUGCCAAGAUCGCCCAGAAUAAAACCAUGGUGUUAUUCCUCCAGAUGAAGAACAUGUCCAUUCCUUUGAUGAAGAAAGCUCAAAAUAUGACACUCCACCAAAUCCAGAAAGCAAAGAACUUUACAUUGCUGAACAUCAACAAAGCCAAGAAUUUCACCAUCGCUCUCUACCGCAACAUAACAAACCGCAAAGACUUCAAAGAGUUCAUGGCUAAGCACCAGAUCAAAGAACGAUACGCCAAGCUCAUUGCCAAGAUCAACUCCACCAUCGAAAAAAUAAAAUCAUUUAUCCAAGAAACCAGACCCAAACUUGAGGCCAGAUACAAGGAGACUUUGUUCUACCUGAACGUGACUCUCCCUGGUAUGAUCAAACAGAAGAAAGAAGAGAUCAUGGCAGAUCCAAAGGGAUACAUGAAGGCCAUUUACGAUGAUGCCACAAGCAAGUUCCAAGAAUUGAUCAAGGAUACACCUGUUGAACAAAUCAUYAUGCAUGAGAUCUGGAGUGAUUAUCUUAACGAAAUGAAGCAACACGAAAUCGCAGAGUUUGGCAGCAACCUCGUCACAUAUGGAAAGACCAAUGUAAAUUAUGCAGUGAGGAAGUUGAAAGAGAAGGUCGAAAUCCUGAAGAUCAAGACCRAAGAACUGAAGGUCAAGGCUAAGGAAUUGGUCGCCAARGCAAAGAAGAUGGUCAAGGACACCAAACAAGCUCUCAAGAAGGGAUUCAAUGAUUUCAAGCAAAUGAAAUUGAGGGAAAUUGUUGAGCACCGACAUGUCUUCAAGGCCCUUGAGCUUGCUAUGAACACCACCCUUAAAGUUGAAAACAUGACACUACAAGUUAAGAAGAUCACUCUUAAAUGGGUUGCAGUUGGCAAAGUGUUAUACAAGAACAUGACCAUGAAGGUUCAAAACUACACUCUGCUUGUAAAAAAGUACGCUAUUGAACUGAAGAAGAACUACACCGUAGUUUUCGAAAAGAUUAAGAUCAUUGCCAAGAACUACACUAUGAUUGCAAGAAACAUGACCAUCAAGGCAUGGAAGGUUGCUAGCAACUGGACCAUGGUUAAAUUCAACGCUACAAGCCUAUGGAUCAACAAAACAGCAGAAAAGGGCAUUGAGAUGUACAAAGUUAAAGUCAUUCCUUAUUACAAGAACAAGGUGCUUCCCUUCUACAACAACAAAGUCGUACCAACGUAUCUGAAAUACAGGAAACUCGUCAUCGACUUUAGCAACAACAUGACCAAACUCGCUUACAACCGAACCAUCAACAGCAAGGCAUACAACUUUACCAUCAAGAGCUUCAACUUCACCGUCGAGCUUCUUCGCAACGUGAGCAAAAUGACACCACGUCAAUCUGCCAUCAAGAUCAAGCAAGCUUACAUYGUUGCUUACAACUUCACCGUCAAAUCGUCUAACAAGCUGAUGAACGUCUCAAUUGAAACGUACAAGCAAGGACUUAAGAAGCUGAACGUAACAAGAGCUUUUAUGGUUAACUUCGUCAACAGCACCAUCAAGAUCGCAUCACAAUUCAUGAAGCCCGCCGUUCCUGUGUUGAACUUCACCAAAAAUGAAAUAAUCGAAACGGCAAUCUUCUUGAACAAUUAUUAUGGAAUCGAAAGGACCAUCCGUGCUCGCGUGAACUAUCAUUACCAGAAAUUCCAAAUCCACUCCGAGAAAUUCCACCGAGACCUUCACCAGCAAUACAAGAUGYUACAAAACCACUCUGAAGGAUACAUGUUGAGCCUCCCUGGAUUGAUGAAAGAUUCAGCUUAUGGAACUCUUGAUUUGGUUAAUAAAACGAUCAGAUAUGUACACUACAAAGUUCGCUCUCUCAAUGCCACGAUGRUGAAGGUUAGAAAUGCCAUUCCAAACUACUUCCGCAUUGACGAAGGUGUCAUCACCAUCAUCAUCCCUCAUCCCAAACCUGUGACUGGUGACAUUGUAUCCAUUUGCAAGGAUGCCUGCAACAAGGUGAAAAUGCUGCCCGAGACUGCAAAGAACAUGACCCGUCGCGCAAUCAACGCAACAAAGAUUUACGCAUUGAAAGCACUGAACGUAUCUAAGCAAUGGAAAGAAGCUGCUCUUAAGACAGAGGCCUACAGAAAGGUUCAGAAUAUCACUAAGAUGCUCAUCAACAUGGUGAAGAACCACCCCAUGACGAAGAAAUAUCUGAACUCCACCAUUUAUGUCUUGAACAUCACCAGCGAUUACAUCCGUGAUCUGAACAUCAGAUACCGACCUCUUGCCAAGAAAUAUGUGAACGCCACACUUCACUUCUUAAAUGCAACUCGUCAAUACAUCCGCGAGCUGAACUUCACCAAGAUGGCAAACCUGACCAAAUCAUAUGCACCUAUUGCAUUCAACAUGACCAAAGAGAUGCUCAAGAGCGGUUWUAAUACCACUCGCAUGUACACCAUGAAGGUGACCAAUGUCGCUUGGAAUAUCUCCGCUGAUAUCUACAACUCGACUAAUCCAAGGCACGCCCUGAUGAAGGUUAGAAACUACACCCUGAAGGCUUUCAAUGAGACAAUGAAGCACUACCGUAAGMUCGCUGCUAAAACUAUGAUCAAGUACUCUGAAAUGAAACAGACUGUUGCUCGUCAUCAGGUAGUAAUUGCGCAGAAGACCCGAAACAUUGUCAUGAACCUUUACAAAAUGACCAGGAACAACRCCAUCGCUCAAGAGUACCUGAACACCACUAUCCAUUUCUUCAACAUCACUCGCGAUUUCGUCGGUAAAGUAAACAUCACAAAGAUUGCCAAGAUGGCCAAGAUCUAUGCACCCAAGGCAUUCAACAUGACUAGGGAUAUGUGCAAGAUUGGUGUGAGCGCAGCUCGUAACUUCACCAUGGAGGUUGCAAAUAUGGCCUGGAACAUUUCAAUGGAUGUCUACAACUCGACCUGCUUGAGAGAAGCUCUCAUGAAGGCACGCAAMCACUCACUCAAGGCGUACAACGAAACCGUCAAGCUGUACAGAAUUCUCUACAAGGAGACCAUGAUCAAGUACAGACAGCUAAACAAUACCCUUCAUGCCCUCUACAAGAACAUCUUGGAGCACAAUCUGACCAAGGAGUACUUGCACCACGCACGAAAGUACUACGGACACUCAAUGAAGAUCAUGAGCAGUCGUGCUCGCCACUUCCAUCACUUGAAGAAAUACUGGCUCCGAAGAAUGUCCCACAGGCUUAACUACUUAAAAAAUAAGCUGAGSCCAAGUCAAUGGAUUCCACCUUUCAAUAGCACUGCUAUGAUCUUUGGAAAACCCCACGUGUACACAUUCGACGGCACGUACUUCCGAUUCCCCGGUUACCAAAACGAACGUUGUACUUACGUACUGGCGCGCGAUGUACGGGAUAACAAGUUUACGCUCAUGAGUCAGGAAAAAGCACUUCUCCUYAUAACCGAUGAUGCCAACGUCAAGAUCCACUCUGACGGACGUGUCGAGAGCAUGACCAARAUCAACUCAGAAGGCGUGAAGAUCCGUGAUGGAUACGACAGUGAACUCCCAGUYCAGAGUGCUAACAUGACAGUUGCCAGAGAAGGUCCAUACAUUAUCCUCAGACAUACUCUUGGCCUUGAAAUCCUCUGCGACGUUGACCAUAACUUGUGUACGUUCAACAUUGCCAGAUGGUACCAUGGACGUCUUGCAGGUCUUCUUGGAACCAACAACAAUGAACACCAUGACGAGAUGAUGAUGUCAACCAACAAGAUCUCAAAGGAUGUGAUYGAAUUUGUCAAUUCUUGGGAGAUUACCAAGGAAGCAGAAUGCCGCAUUAAUAAACAAUCCAAACAAUCCAAACCAAAAGAGUGCAUAACCAAAUACGCAAGUCGCUGCAAGGAGAUCUUCGCUGACCUUAAAUCGCCCUUCUCUCCAUUCUUUAAAAUUGUCGACCCACGACCCUUCAAGAAAGCCUGCGAAAUUGACUACAGUGAAUGCGGCACUCCUAAGGACAUGAAGCACUGUAACACUACUGCUGCAUACAUCGAGUUAUUGAAAAUGAAAGGACAUUGGGUUGAUCAUCUGCCAGAAUGUGGACGAUGCAAUAACCAYGAGAUGGGCUCAAGAUGGUUCCAAUCAGCCGAUAAAACCAUAGACAUGAUCCUUAUCGUACCAGAGACCCAAGGAAUGAGAGCUUUUGCUAAACAAAUCCCAAGACACAUCAGUGAACUCCAACGCUCUUUGCAAGGAUAUUCUUUACGAUUUGGUCUCGUCAGCUUUGGUGGAAAGGGCAUCCAUCUCCGACCACACCCAGUCACYAUCAACGGAAAGUAUUUUGGCAGCGCUGAAGAAGUCAAGUCUUCCAUUGACCACCUUAAAUUCUCCAACACAAUGGACAACGAGACCGAUGGAUUUGAAGCUAUCGCCAAAGCCGCCCAUUAUCCAUUCAAAGGAGCAUCAACCAAGAUCUUAGUCCUGUUUACCACCUCAGAGCGCUUUGCCAACCCCAACGCUCCAUGCCUCCGUCGCAUGACCAAGAAGCUUCAAAUGCGUGACAUCACCCUUAACAUCAUUGGCAAAUACCAAAAGUUUAGGGGAGAAAAGAUGGGACAAGAUUACCUUGGACGAAUGAUCUACAGAAAACUGGAAGGCCCUUCGAUCAGAGGUGUCCCUCUACCAAGAGGUGAAUAUGUCGAGCUUAUGCAGAACACCAAGGGAUCCAUGUUUGGAAUAACAUUCUUUGCUUCUGAUGAUCGUGAUAAAGCCUAUCGUCCUUUUAACGCAAGCUACCUCAAGGUCUUGAAAGAACAAAUCAAGAGGGACCAGAAUAUGUGCAAGGAAUGCUUCUGYGCACGUGGACAAGUAGGUGAGGGACGUACCAUCUGCAAGAUCAAYGAGCUCCACAAGUGCUGAAAAUGACAAACCCGCGUUUUGUGAAACGCAUGUUAUGGAACCCGCACCGGUCCACAUGGAAAUGUMUAAACGACAAAAAACCUAGUUAACCCUUUAAUUUGAUUAGAUAAACUUUAUCCCGUUAUGUGUUAGUAGUAUUUAAGUUUAUUUCUACAUGUAGAGCUGCCGCAAGGAAGAUAAGGCGCUCGUCAUAAAAUUUAGCAACUAUUUUUUUUUUAAUAAUUGAUUUCCUAUUCUUUUAUUAUAUCGUGGCCUGAUUUGGCAAAGUGGUGGCUUUAAUGCGGGUUCUGUGACGUCUGCUUUAGUCCGUUUUAGGAUUAGGAUAAGACUUGUGUCACUGAUGUGAUUUAAUUCAAUGAUAUUUAUUUGAAAUCUUUAUUUGGACGAAUUUCUUUAACAUUAGUCGACUUAAAAAACAAACAGUAUCUGGUAUGACGAAGUUAGUUAAAAACUAUAAGUGGAGCUARCUUCAGAUGUAAUACUGUUAUUUGUAGUAGUGUUCCUUUCUUAAUAAAAAACAAGCAUUUAA